GGCUCCGCCGCAACGGGGAGCGAGGCGCCGAUUCAAUCCACCUCCCUCCUCCCUUUCCCUAUCCAAGUCUACCUUCAAUGCACCUCGUUUGUUGUCGUCAAUUCCUCGUCUUUUUAAUCUGCCGCUCGCAAGGACGCGGCUUGCUCUGCCAGCAGGCAUCGAGCUUCUCGUGGUCCCCGGUGAGCAGCCAUGAAGUCCCAUCGCCUCGUAAUUCGCCGUUCCGGAGGCCUGAUGCCAUCCGGAAUCCCGAGCAAGCCGAAGCUCGGCCUUAGAGUUCUCGGAAUCUUCUCGGCGUGGCCGAGGCUUGCGUCCUUUGCGCCCGUGAAAGCCAGCUCGGGCGUCGGGGACACCUCCGUCUCGCAUUCGACCAUCGUUCCCGCUUCCGCGGCCGAACCGGGGCAACGAAGGGAUCCCGUGCUGGGUUCUUUGGAAGUUGAUGACGUGGAAGAGAAGCUCGAAAAGGUGAUAUAUAGGUUCCGAUUCUUCGCGUUCCUCCCGGUGGCUGGUUCUCUGAUGGGUUCCAUAAUCUGUUUUCUCAAGGGUUGCACAUCUGUGAUAGAUUCAUUCGGAGAAUAUUUUUUGAGUGGUGGGAAAGUGAUUCUGAUGUUGGUUGGAGCCAUUGAUGUCUAUCUUAUUGGAACUGUGAUGCUUGUGUUUGGAAUGGGUCUCUACGAGCUCUUCAUCAGUAAUUUUGAUAUAGCAAAAAUGUCCUCCUCUGGAUCAAACCUGCUUGGAUUAUUCAAACUUCUGGAACGACCUAGGUGGCUGGAAAUAAAGUCAGUCAAUGAAUUGAAGACUAAGGUGGGGCACGUCAUAGUGAUGGCUCUAUUGGUUGGGAUGUUUGAAAAUAGCAAGAAGGUCACAAUAUCUUCUCCAGCAGAUUUACUAUGCUUCGCAGCUUCUAUUCUGCUGUCUUCAAGUUGCCUUUAUCUUCUGUCAAAGCUUCAUGCCACCAAAUGAACUCUUCCACUCGGCUGAAGCAGGAACCCUAGAAUGCAAUGCAUGGGUGGCCUCCGGCUGCGCUUCGACGGUGCCGAAAAAUCCAUGCCCCAGAAAGCUCCUCAAGGAUAUUCAUGGUAGAUACUUGAUGCAGUGGCAGUCACCCACCAACCCGGGACAUAGCCCCAGUAUCGGCCAUGGCAUCCCUCAUAAGAUCUGAAUCUGAUAUUAUUCUGUUCUGGUUAAAAUGUUGCAUGAACCGGUGUGCUCCUGUUGUACGCGCAUGUGAUGUAUUGCCAUAGAGUCUAACUUGUUUCCUAUCAUAAAGCUUCAUGCAGAUCUCCUUCUUGUCA